AUGAAAAAUAAAAAGUGGUAGAAUAAAUAACAUAAGAAGAAGAAAAGCAAAUACAGAGGUAAAAAGAGAAAAAAGGGCAGGAUCUAAGUUAGUAAUCAAUAGUUUCAUUUAAAAGUAAACUCAGUUAAAGAUAAGCGGAGCAAGUAAGAUAAAGUUCAAAAAAAUCAAAAAAUAAUUAACAUGUAAAUUAAAUAAAAUGGAUUAAUAAAGCAUAUCAUAAUCUUGGACUCUAAAAAAAGGGCAGUAAAAGAAUUUUUAACAGCAAUUGCUGAUAAAUAAAACUCAACUCAAAACAGCAACUAAAGCUAUAAUAACGAAAAUGAAGAAUUCCAAAAUUUAAACUCACUUAAAAUUAGAAUUUCUACUAAAAGAGUAAAAACAUAUAAAAAUGAUCAAUUUAAUUAAUAGAAGUUAAAGCAAAAGAAUCUAAUAAACCAAAGGAUAUGCCCUUUAACACCAAUAAUUUAAAUAAAAUUGCAGAUAUAUUAUCUAGAAAAAAGGUAUCUCUAAAGUCUAAUGAUUGAAUAGUAUUAACAGUAGUGUUAGAGAAUUUAAUAGAAAGAAAAAAGUACUUUGAAGAGUCUCUAAAAAAAUGGCUGA